AUGGCAGCCGCUGAGAUGGAGAGCGCGGGGGAAGGGGAGCUGGCCGAGCGCGUCUUGCUGAACGUGUCGGGCCUGCGCUUCGAGACGCGGCUGGGCACCUUGGACCAGUUCCCGGAGACGCUGCUGGGCGACCCGGCCAAGCGGCUGCGCUACUUCGACCCUCUGCGCAACGAGUAUUUCUUUGACCGGCACCGGCCCAGCUUCGACGGCAUCCUCUACUUCUACCAGUCGGGGGGAAAGCUCCGCCGGCCGGUCAACGUCUCCCUGGAGGUCUUCGCCGACGAGGUGCGCUUCUACCAGCUGGGCGAGGCGGCCAUGGAGCGGUUCCGGGAGGAGGAAGGCUUCCUGCGGGAGGGGGAGAAGCCUCUGCCCACCCACGAGUUCCAGCGUCAGGUCUGGCUGAUCUUUGAGUACCCCGAGAGCUCCGGCUCGGCCCGGGGCAUCGCCAUCGUCUCGGUCUUGGUCAUCCUUAUCUCCAUCGUCACCUUCUGCUUGGAGACUUUGCCGGAGUUCCAAGAGGAGCCGGCGGAGAUCCGGGAUCCCACGGGCCAGACGCCGCGCCCGAGCAUCCUGGCCGACCCUUUCUUCGUCAUCGAGACCACAUGUGUCAUCUGGUUCACCUUUGAGCUCCUGGUGCGCUUCUUCGCCUGUCCCAGCAAGCCCGAGUUCUCCAAGAACAUCAUGAAUAUCAUUGACGUGGUGGCCAUCAUCCCAUACUUUAUCACGCUGGGCACCGAGCUGGCUCACGAGCAGCAGAAGGGAGAACCUCAAGGGAACAGCGGAGGCCAGCAGCAAGCCAUGUCCUUGGCCAUCCUGAGAGUCAUCCGCCUGGUUAGAGUCUUCAGGAUCUUCAAGCUGUCCAGGCACUCCAAGGGCCUGCAGAUCCUGGGGCAGACCUUGAAAGCGAGCAUGAGGGAGCUGGGCCUCCUCAUCUUCUUCCUCUUCAUCGGCGUCAUCCUCUUCUCCAGCGCCGUCUAUUUUGCCGAGGCCGACGACCCGGAGUCCUACUUCUCCAGCAUCCCAGAUGCCUUCUGGUGGGCGGUGGUCACCAUGACCACCGUGGGCUACGGUGACAUGAGCCCCAUCACCGUGGGAGGAAAGAUUGUGGGCUCCUUGUGUGCCAUCGCUGGCGUGCUCACCAUCGCCCUGCCCGUGCCGGUUAUCGUGUCCAACUUCAACUACUUCUACCACCGGGAGACGGACCAAAGUCUUCUCCAAGAUGACCCGGGGAGCGUCCGCGGCAGCUCGGAUGACGAGGUGAAGAGUAAAAACUCCUCCUGCAAAUCCGUGGUGCACUUGGAGCACCUCGAUGAGACUCACAACGGGACCAGGUCUGUGGAGAAAGCCACCAUCAAAGCCAAUAGCACCCUAGAUCUUAGGAAGUCCCUCUAUGCACUUUGUAUGGAUUCGACCCGAGAAACCGAUUUGUAA